GGCAAGCACGACGGAUAUUUCUCAGCGCAAUCGCAAUACUUGGAAGAAUUGUGCAUUUAAAUAAUUUCGUUCGAAAUUUCAUAGUGUUAAAAUUAAUCAAAAAGUAACAGGCGUGUGAUUAGUUACCGUUACGUGCGAAAAUGAGUGCGAAAUUGUGCAGUUUAAGCUUACUGUUGGCGCUAACGCUACAUAUAUCGCUUGCGGCAAUCGGCAAGCAUUUGGUCGACAAACCUUCUUUUCUAAAUCCCUGUGAUUUCAAUGACAACAACCUAAAUACGUGCUUUGCGUCGAAUUUCCAAGUAUUAUUUCGCGAAUGGAAAGAUGGCAUUCCUGGCUUGAAGUCUUUGGGUCCUUUGGAACCGCUAUCGAUUAAGCGCCUUAAGAUAAAUCAAAGUGGUGCACUACAAAUCAAUGCCGACAUAGAAAAUUUGCUCGUGGACGGUGCCAGUGGCGCGAAGGUGGUGGAAGCAACUGUCGACAAAAGUACUUUAGAUGUGUAUGCCAAGCUUGAAAUACCACAAUUGCAUGCUACCGGCAAUUACAAGGUUAAAGGCUCCGUUUUGGGACUGAACCUCAACGGUCAGGGCACAGCAAGCUUCAUAGCAAAGAACAUCGUCUUGUCUUUCAACAUGAAAACCAGGGUGCGCCACGAAGGUGAUUUAGUCUUCUCCGAAAUCUUAGAUCUUAAGGCGAAAAUCCGUAAUAUCGGUGAUUUCCACAUCGAUGUGAAGAAYUUGUUUGGUGGCCAGCACGAUAUUGAGGACACCGCCAAUGAUCUAUUCAAUCAAAACUGGCGUGAAUUAUAUGGCACUCUUGCGCCUACAUUAGAGCAAACGCUGGAAUUGGUGUUGAAGGAUCGCUUCACGAAAAUCUAUUCCUUUGUGCCCGCCAAUUUCUUCAUCACCAAUUUUUUCAACGUUGCUWACAAAAUGUGGCAAACUGUCAAACAAGUUUCAAGUUUGUGCAAAAUCGCAUUAAUUUGCGGCUUAGUUGUGGUGAACGGUGUGAAUGAGGUUACAAGUGUUGAGUUCUACACACAAAAACCGGCUUUCCUGCCAUCGUGUAAAAUUAAUGAGCCUGGUUUUACAAAAUGUUCUACAAAUACAGUACAAAAACUGAUUGAACAACUGGUAAUAGGAAUACCGGAGGUUGUGGAGGAGUUCGGUCCAUUCGAUCCCAUGCGCGUGCAUGAUAUAUAUUUCAAACAAGACAGCAAUGAUGUAGCCAGAGUGCGCGCCAAUUUAAGUGACGUCAUAGUGAAAGGCUUCUCGAAGACAAUYAUUAAGGAAAGCAGAGUCAGCAAGAAGGACUACAGUUGGAUUACGAAAAUUUUUCUGCCGAAAAUGCGAAUGGACGCCAAUUAUAAAAUGGAAGGACGAAUUUUGUUAAUACCGUUAAGAGGUUCUGGUAAAAUGUUCAUCGAAAUUGAAAACCUCGAUAUCAAACUUUAUACGAAGACGCGGCUUUAUGAAAAGGGAGGUUUCACCUUUGACAAUGUCACUGCAGUUCGUGUGGACUUGAAUAUGACACGCGUGCGCACCAAUUUCGAAAAUAUAUUUAAUGGACAAAGCAAAGAAGUGGAACGCAGCACAAAUGAAUUCUUCAAUGAAAAYUGGCGCGAUUUCUACGAAGCACUCAAACCGAUCAUCAGCGAAACUGUGGAGACCAUACUCUACGACGUAAUGCAUAAAGUAUUCGAAUUGAUACCAGCGAACUUCUUUGUUGAAGACAUACCCACCUCUGAGCAAUUGUAUGGAACGAAGAAUAACUCAACAAAUAAAUAAUUAUURUGGAAAUACUUAAUAAAUGAAAUAAAUAUUUAAA